AUGCGUUCGAGUACUGCCACAGUAAAACAGCCUGGGCCCAUGAAGUCCCCUCCAUCCUCACCUCUUGCAACACCCGCUCUGGACUCAUCUACUUUGCGAUACACCUACGAAAUCGGGCGAGGAGAGACUGGUGUGCUAUCUUUUGAGCCAUACAAGGGUCUGAUUUUGCCUUACUGGGCUUUUCGCACGGUUCCGGUUGCCCGCAACUCGUCAGAGAUUCUCUGGGCCAUCUUCGAGUCCUACGUGGAAAGGAAGGAUUUCGUCGGUGCCGACAUGACCCGAAAAUUUAUUCAAAUGGGAAUGACGAGAGCAAGGAGAUAUGCAAACCACAAGGGAGGGCGGAAGUACGCAAAAGACACAGGAGACAAGCUCCAAAACUGGACAGGCGGCAGUGAGGAAGACGUGAGGAAGAGGAGGGAGAAGGAGGAAGCAAGCGAGAUUUUUAAAUCGGUAUGGAGAAGAUGCAUUGCUGAUGAGCGCUACAAAGGUUUGAAACAGAACUGGGUUAAGGAGAAGAGGGACUCUGAGAAGUCGAGUCCGUUGGCAGGUAAUAAUGGUGAAACAUAA